AUCUGCUUGAUGUCUAUGGUCCUUUUUGUGUGUAACCUACAAGAAUGCCUUCAGCUUUUAUUUAUUUAUUUAUUUAUUUAUUUAUUUAUUUAUUUAAGCUUUAGUGAAAAGGUUACACUACUUUUAUUUGGAUUUCAGAUCUAUGAAUAAACAAUUGGCUAUUUCUUAUCAGUAACAAGUAAAAAAAAAAAAACCCAGACAGAAUGAUGUCAGUGAGUGUAUAAACUUCUUUAUUUUGGUUUGAAUUGCUAAAGUGUAAUUGAACUGUGUGUCAUCGUAUACUGUAAAACAUAAAUCAACUUAGACGGGUCAGAUGCCUCUGUACCAUGAAUGUGAGUGCUACAUGCUGAAGACGUGCAUGUCAUUCUGUACGUGGAAGCCCUGCGUUCCAGCCUGUUUGUAUAAGGCCCCUCCCCCUUUCCUUCAACGUGCAGUUCUUCACGUUGCCUGUGGUCUGGUUGCUGUAGGCUGCUCUACAGGGGUGUUUAUUAGUCAUGCAGACAAGACCAGCCUCAGAAAAAGUUCUAGGACUUUAAAUUGUUAAAGUCUAAAAAAAAAUUGCUUAUGGCAGGAGUCCCAAAUCUUUUUUUUUUUUUUUUUUUUUUUUUGUCCGCUGAACCUGAACUCCUUAGAUGUAAAAUAUUUACUUGAAGUACCCCCUGAGAUUUUAAGUUAAUAUUUCAAUUUAAUGACACAUUUACACAUCACAGUUCUAUGAUGUUGGUUAAGUCACAUAAUAUGCAUGUAAAUGGGUAAAAUAUAAAAAGAAUUUAAUAGUUUUAUUUUGAUUCGUUUUUUUUAAACAAGAACUAGCUUGUUAACACAAAAAUACUAAUAUUUGUCUUAAAUUCUCCUUUCAAAAGUUCAAAACCUCUAAUUUUCGAAAAUGUCAAAUCUUGGCACACAUUAAAUUUACAAGUGCAUGUUAGCCUGAUGUAGGGCUGGGCGAUAUAUCGAAUAUACUCGAUAUAUCGCGGCUUGUAGUCCGUGCGAUGUAGAAAAUUACUAUAUCCUGAAACUCGCGGACAUUUUUUUUUCCUUUGUUUUUUCCCCCUCUUGUCCUGUCCAGCAUCGAAGCGCAAGCAUAAUGAUCACCUUGAUAACCUAAGUUAAGAAGCUUAUUUUAUUUUAUUUUUGAUGCUUGUUUGUAGAUUAACUUUUAUAUACUCGCGGUCUUUCCCUCUCACAGAGAGACAAAACAAACGCACAUAGUUACAAACGUCAGUCUGUCGUGCAUGCAACGUCAUACGCCCUCGACCAGCAGAAAGAUAGCGGCAGCAGGUGCUAACGGUUACACAUGGAGGACGACGAAUUAAUAAAAAAAAGAAACAGCACAGGAUCCAUCGUCUGGCGGUGGUUUGGAUUCAAAAAGGAAGAUGUUGAACAAACAACGGUGAUAUGCAAAAUCUGUCGCAAAAGCAUCGCUUCAAAAUGUAGCAGUACAUCAAAUUUAUAUCACCAUUUGAGAACCCACCCGCUAGAAAAUGAAGAGUGCUUGAAACUCCGCACGACAACAUCUCAGAGCGGUGCAAUAUCAAAGAAAGUGCCUAAGCAACCAGCACUCACGCAACUGAGUCUGGCCUCUUCUAUUUCCAGAUCAACGCCGUACGACAAAAACAGUCAAAAACAGAAGGAGAUAACGUGUGCAGUAACCCACCACAUCGCGAAAGACAUGGCCCCGGUUAAUGUUGUUGAAAAGCCCGGGUUCAGAAAGCUCAUCAACACACUUGACCCAAGAUAUAAUCUGCCGGGUCGCAAAUAUUUUGCAGAGAAAGCGCUGCCUGAGUUGUACAUUAAAGUGAGGGAAGAGCUGGCCAGUCAGCUUGUAAAUGUGACCCACUUCUCAACAACUGCCGACAUAUGGAGCAGCCGAACAUGUGAGCCAUACCUCAGUUUGACGGUCCACUAUAUAGACAAUUGGGAGUUGAAAAGCAAGUGCCUUCAGACGAGCUUUCUUCCCGAGGAUCACACUGGCGGGAUCAUCGCACAAGGCCUGCAAGAUGCUCUCAUGUCAUGGAAUUUAAAUGAAGCUCGUCAGGUGUGCAUCACCACCGAUAACGGUGCUAACAUCGUCAAAGCUGUGAGCCUGAACCACUGGACACGUCUACAAUGUUUUGGCCAUCGCCUGCAUCUUGCAAUUGAGAGAAGCAUGAAGGACCCCCGUAUUGACCGUGCUGUUGCUGUGUGCAAGAAGGUAGUGAGCAGCUUCUCUUUCAGUUGGAAGAGGAGGAGAGACCUGGCCACAGCACAGCAAGAGCUAAAUCUCCCGGCACACCAGCUCAUCAGUGAGUCUCCUACCAGGUGGGGAUCCCGAGAGAAGAUGAUUGAGCGGGUACUGGAGCAGGAGCAAGCUAUUUCUCAAGUCUUGGCUGCAGACAAGAAAACCCGGCAUCUCGUUCUCACCUGGCAAGACCUGGAAGUUCUAGAGUCAGUGCACAAGGCUCUCAAACCUCUCCUGGAAUUCACUGACGCUCUAUCCGGUGAGAGCUAUGUCACAGUGUCCUAUGUCAAGCCUGUUCUCCAUCUCUUCCAGUCCAGCCUCUUGGCACGUCAGGAGAAUGACACCCCACUGACCCAGUCUAUCAAAGCCUCCAUCCUGGAUUACCUGAGGGAGAAGUAUUCUGAUCCUUCCACUAACGACCUGCUGGACAUGGCAGGCUUAGUGGAUCCCAGGUUCAAGAUAACAUACUGCACAGAAAAAAAGGUGGAUGCCAUCAAGAGCAGAGCCAUAACCGAGAUGGAGGCAAUGCUCUAUGAGACUGACCAGGGCACAGCUGAGUUGGCUGCUUCACUGCCUCAAGAUGCAACAACGGUAUCACAGCCAGAAGAGCCACUAAGGAAGAAAUCCCUGGGCAGCUUCUUUAAAACUGCAGCAACAUCUUCUGCCACACUGUCGCAGAGAGAGCUUAUUGAAAAAGAGUUGUCUGCCUACUUGCAGUCUGUUAAUGUUGACAGUGAAGCAAAUCCAUUGCAGUGGUGGAAAGACCAUGAGGAAAUGUUCCCAAACCUGAAAAAUGUGGCAAAAAAAUAUCUGUGUGUGCCCGCCACCAGUUCCCCAUCGGAAAGGGUAUUUAGUACCAGUGGUAAUAUAGUUACAUGCCAUCGAGCAUCUCUCAAACCAGACGCCGUUGAUAGGCUUGUGUUUUUGGCACAAAACCUCUAAACAACCUGGUAUUCCCUGGUUGUUGUUACAAAGGGACAACAUAGUAUGCACGAAAUACAACUACAUAUUUUUUUACGUUUUAUUUGUGCCACAUAUUUCAUGCAGAAGAAACCAAAACUAAAGCUGCAAACUUUUCCAUAAUGGACCAGAUUCACCUUUUGUGAAUUGUUUUAUGUUUAGGUAUUGUGUUUGAAACCAUAGGAUUGUUUAUUAAAAAACUAAAAGGAGGGUCAUUUUUAUAAAUACACUUUCUUUUCCAACAUUUGAUUUCCUAUUAUGCAGCUAUUUUUUAUUUUACUGAUUUUGAAAUUACCUGUGACAUCCUGCACAAAAGCGCAUUAUAUAUAUUUGGGCAUUAUGCACAACAGGUGCACUUAAAUUUAGUUUUGUUUUGAAAUGUCAUCUUAAUGACAACAUGCACAAAAGGGCACUUUUUUAUUUGUUUUAAAUUAUUGUAGUGGCAUUAUGUACAAGUGCACUUUAAUUUUGUGUUUUGAAAUGCCAUGUGAGUUACAGCAUGCACAAGCGUGCCCUAAUGUCUUGUUUUGAAAUGUUGUCUCUGACAAUUUUGCACAAAACAUGCACUUUCUGUUGACAAUUUUAUGUUUGUGCCACUCACUGUUUAAUAAAUACAAUUAUGUUAACUAUGA